AUGGGGGUCAGUCCUCUCGCCCUGGUUGUGUUGCAGGAGUACAUGUGUGGUCUCGCCGUGCUGGAUAAAGACGGGGCUCAGGUGCGGCAGCCAUCGCUGGGAGAUGACAUCAUACCUGGCCGCGAAGAACAUCACGUUGUCACAACAACUCACUGCUGUCUACGAGGAGCAGUGAUCCGGGCCAUGUUUGACCGGCUGCGUCACUACGGUAACCAGGAGGAUGUGUCGUACCCCAGGCAGUGUGGAGGCGUGGCCAUCACCGCUGUACGAGACCUCACUACUGGAUACGACAGCAGCCAGGCGGACAACAAGGCUGUCCUCCCCUCCUCCACCAGUAGUCAGAUGAUCACAUUUAGUUUCUCUAACGGGGGCGUGGCCACCAUGAGGACCAGCGGAACGGAACCCAAGAUCAAGUACUACACUGAGCUGUGUGCUGCCCCCGGCAACCGUGAUGUUGCAGGUUUACAGAAGGAGUUAGAUGACCUGGUUAAUGCCAUCGUAGAGGACUUCUUCCAGCCCCAGAAGAAUAACCUGCUGUCCAAGCCUGAGUAACACACAUCAGUGGCUUGUCAAGACAAAGACCCGCGCUGGUUUGACUUCCUGAUCAAGAUUCCCUUUCACACACAUUCUAGAACUCACACACAUUGUAGAACUCACACACACACACACACAUUCUAGAACUCACACACACACACACAUUCUAGAACUCACACACAUUCUAGAAGUCUUUAAUGGGUUGUACCUGGAGCUCUAAGUCUUAUCUACUAGCUGGAGUGCUGUGUAUUUGACCAAACACACAGGGUUACUAACUGUCGUUCAGGGUUUUAACUCCAACCCUGUUUGAUAAGGAGGAGGAGUAGUACUACCACUAGGCUCCCGAGUGACGCAGCGGGUCUGUCACUGCAUCACUACAGACCCUGGUUCGAUUCCAGGCUGUAUCACAACCGACCGUGAUUGGGAGGUCCCAUAGGACGGCGCACAAUUGGCCCGGCGUCGUCCGGGUUUGGCCGGUGGUAGGCCGUCAUUGUAAAUAAGAAUUUGUUCUUAAUUGACUUGCCUGGUUAAAUAAUUGUUUUUUUUUAAAUACUGAUACCACUGCCUCCUCCUCAAUAACCAGCCUCCUCUGUAACCAUUACUGCAUAAUGUUUCAAGAACAACAAUAAAGAUGUGAUUUUUAAAAGGAAAAA